GACUUGCAAUACAACUUUUUCGUGCUCUCACCAAUAACACUGCGUCUCCAACGGCAAUGUCACUCAAAAGUCAUUCUUCUUGCAUGACAAAAAACCCGUCGGAAAGGGGAAAAGACAGGACACCUCUCUUCCUCGAUGCCCCGUUUCCAACCGCCGCUGAUUUCCCAGGCCCCGUUGUGUCAAUUUGAUCGACUUGGCGGUAACUGUUGGCAGCACUUUGAUUUCCCCAUUUAUUUCGAUCGCGGAAUUCAAAUUCUCGAGUUUAAUGGCUUUCCUUCUAGUUCUUUUUUCGGUCAAUUUGGUCUUGCCUCUUUUCACUACUAAUUCGAGCUUCUUGAGUCACUUGACUAGAGAGCCUCAAAUUACCAGUCCUGCAAAAAAAAAAUUGAAGAAGAAAGUCAAACAUUUUCAUGAAAAACUGCAACAGCCUUAACCUUUUGAAUUUAAAAUUUUGAAUAUAUAUUUUGAAAUUUUUUUUAAACUUUAAUGUAAAGUAUUCUCUGCAGGAGAUAAAAAAUUUAAUGCAUCUUUUCCUAUUCGUACUCAAUCGUGGAUUUUAAAGGGCUUCACGUCAUUAAACUAUGACAAUUUUUUUUGACUGAAGCAUAUUCAGGGUGUGUUUUUUAAUUUGAAUCAUGGUUGAAUAAAUACUUUUUUGCCGUUUGAAACACUUACCGUAUAACUUCCUUAAAAAUUGUACAAAUAGCAGUUACUAGAUGAGCAGCUGGAAACGACGUUCUGCAAUAUCUUUUCCAGCGCCCGGAGAGGAACCAGUGAUAGGAUUCGAUUACAAAAUUGAUGUUCCCCUCCUUUCGCCGAUUCAUCAGCAUGUUUUUCGACCAUCCAGUCUACAGCAGGUAGUGGAUGAAACUCAUUUCUCAAAAAAUGAAGUCAGAGCAAUAUACAGAGCCUUCAAAGAAACAUCACCAAACGCUGUCAUCAACAAAAAUAUUAUGAGAGAAAAAUUUGCGGAAUUGUUUCCUCAUGGUGAUAUUGAACAUUAUUCUGAUCUCCUUUUUGAAACGUUUGACAAUGAUGGGAAUGGAACAAUCAAUUUCCAGGAGUUUGUGAAAGCUCUCUCAAUUCUCUGUCGUGGCACGUUGGACGAAAAGUUAGACUGGCUAUACAAGUUGUAUGAUCCGAAAGAAAAAGGAGAAGUUACUUGGGACCGAUUAUUCUAUGUGAUCACAUCUAUGGAUGAUUUAAUGGGUAAGCACGCCAGACCACAUCACACAAGAGAGCAGAAAUGUGAGCUUACAAAUCAAGUGUUUGCGAAGUUCGAUGUUGGAAAAAAAGGACGAAUAACAAAAAAGGAUUUCUUACAUAUUUGUAAAACUGACCGAACAAUUUUAAACUCAAUUUCGGCACUUUACACUCUUCUUCCUGGUUGAACAAUCUAAACAUUUUUAUGGUUUAAAAACAAUUUCACAUUAUGGGUUGUAUUUGUAUUUAUUGAAUAAAUUGAUAUA